AGGUCCCACUUUGCGUUUUAGGCGCGAAAAAGUCCGCAUAUUUUUCAUCAAUUACAAUUAUUAAGUUCAUGAUACAUAGAUUAAGUUAAAAGUAGAGUAACAACAUGAAGUGCAAGAUACCGGAGAUCUCGUGGCACAACCGCGAUCCAGUUUUGAGUGUGGACAUUCAGAUGAAUGGGCAGGGGCUGCGAUCGCCUACGAUUUGCCGACUCGCCUCGGGGGGAACAGAUGCACAUGUCCUGAUCUGGUACGUGAAUCGGUGCGAUAAUGGAGAUGGUGUCGACUUGGAGCUGGCUGUGGAUCUGUCCCGACAUCAGCGGGCGGUUAACACAGUUCGCUGGUCGCCCAAUGGCGAGCUACUGGCCUCCGGAGAUGACGAGAGCGUUGUUUUUAUAUGGAAACAAAAGGCCGACCAUGAAGUCCUCAACAUUUUGGACGCCGAUUCAUGUAGUCAGCAAGAUAAGGAGUCGUGGGUGACGCUGAAAGUGCUGCGGGGUCACAGAGAGGACAUCUAUGAUCUGAGCUGGGCCCCAAAUUCACAAUUCCUUGUGACAGGGUCAGUGGACAACACGGCGAUGGUGUGGGAUGUCUACAAAGGAAAGUCCCUGGCUAUUCUGGAGGAUCACAAGGGCUACGUACAGGGCGUGGCCUGGGACCCGUGCAAUCAAUUCAUAGCCACAAUGAGCACCGAUAGACAAUUGCGUAUCUUUGAUACCAACACCAAGCGAGUGGUCCACAGGGUAGCCAAGUGCACACUGCCUGUUCAGGAGGGCCAUGCAAUGCAUGGGAAGAACAUACGGCUCUAUCAUGAUGGCUCUCUGCAGACUUUUUUCCGUCGCUUGUGCUUCACUCCAGACGGCAAGUUGUUGAUCACUCCCGCGGGCAUCACCGACUACGAUGGCGUCUUGAAACCGGUUAACACCACAUACGGCUUCAGUCGUUACGACUUAACGCGGCCGGCCUUUGUACUGCCCUUUCCGCAGGAGUACGCGGUUGCUGUGCGCUGCUCUCCGGUACUGUACCGUCUGAGACCGUACAAUGCAGAUAAGAAUCCACCAGUCAUCUCGCUGCCCUACCGCAUGAUCUAUGCCGUCGCCACCAAGAACUCUGUGUUCUUCUAUGACACCCAGCAGGCUGUACCGUUCGCCAUCGUCUCGAAUAUUCACUACACUAGGCUGACAGACCUGACCUGGUCGAGUGACGGGACUGUACUGAUUGUUUCAAGCACGGAUGGCUUCUGUUCGCUGUUGCACUUUGAGAUCGAUGAGUUGGGCGAGCGCUAUGAGGAAAUGGAUGCAGUGCUGUGCGCUGCCAUUAAGAGUUCAGAGAAUGCACCGCCGCCAAGGAAAAAUAAAGCGAAGGCUAGAAAGGGAUCGGCAGAUGAGAGACCAGCCACACGGAAACCACUGCAGGAGAAGACCAAGGCCAAUCUCAAAAGAAACACUCCAGAAUCAAACAUUAAAGCAGACACAGAGAUUGAUGCUGAUGUCGAAAAUGAUUCGUCCAUGCAUAGUGCCAGUUCGUCCAUCUCCACCAGCCCCAAGCAAAAGACGAAUGCAGAGGUAGAGGCCGAGGUCAAGCCAAAAUCGAUCUCCUUUAGGCGCUCCCCUCGCAAAGUCAAUGCAACGACCACACCCGCACCAGCACCGAUUGCAAUACGCCGUUCGCCGCGUAAGCCGGAAGAUUCGGAUAAAGGCGCCUCCCAGAUCUCUGCCAAGCGCAAGAUUGAUCAGACACCAAAACCUAUCAACAUACGCCGCUCGCCCCGAAAAACUGAGGACACCGAAGCCUUCCCCAUAUCUGGGAAACGCAAGAUCAGUCCAUUGCCAGAGCCUCCGACAAAGAAGCAGCUGACAGCUAUCGCUGGCACUACACAGGCACCCACACACCAAUCACCCGUUAAGAAGGAGGACGAAGAAGCCAACGACGUGAAGGCCUUGUCGAUUUCUGUGAAACGCAAGAGCAGCCCAAUGCCAGAGCCACCGACAAAGAAGCAUCAGUCGGAAAUCGCUGGUAUUGCUGUUCUGGACAAGGAGAUUAUUAGCUCUGAGGAGAAGUUCGAGUCACCCGAGAAGAAAUGCCGUCCUGCUACCCCCAUUCAAAUUCGUCGCCAGCCCCGCACGCCCGGAAGCUCCAGUAGCUUCUCUCUCACACCCAAGAGCGUGAGCCAACCCGCCAAAACAGCAACGCCAAUUGCCGUGAGGCGUACUCCCCGCGUACUCGUCGAAAUGCCUGUCAACUCUCCAGUCGCUCCCAUGGAAGAGGCCAUGGAUGCUUGGCCCCUCGAAGAGGAUAGUACUCCCAUGCCAACGUCUACAAAGGAACAAUUGCCGGAGACAAAUGAACAGGCAAAGAAUCCAAUGUCCAUCAGUGACAGCACCUGUGAACGCACUGAGGAUAUACGUCUGGUCUAUGAGGACACGCAGGAGGAGGCGGAGACCCCUGUAAAAGCGACAGCGGCGAAACCUUCAACGCCCAACAACAAGACGCCGCGGCGGGUCUCCUUGCGCACCAUCUCCACGCCCAAGUCGAAAAAGAAACUGCUGGAAUAAGCAGAGCAAUAGCUUAGACGUAAAUAAUUAUAGACUUAUACAAAGUUAUACACAAAUUAAACAACAAA